AUGGCUACCUGCCCUCACCUGGCGAGUGCCAACGUCCGUCCACCUCGCCCAAACGAAUCGGUCUACCGCGAAGACUGCACAGUCUGCUUCGACAGCGCCGAAGACCCAGCCGGUCUCGAUGUAUGCCUUCACUGCUUCAACGGAGGCUGUGCUGGCGAGCGCAUCCACAGUCGCCUCCAUGCUCAACACUUCCAACACCCUCUCGCCGUCAACAUCCAGCGCACACGCAAGCGGAAGCAGCGAGAUGACAGCGAGCCACCAGAGAAGAUGAGUAAGCUGGAGAUCAAGGCAGAGUCGGAUGAGGACCGUUGGGACACCAAGACCGACGUCAAGUGCUUUGAGUGCGGUGUCGACGGCCUGGCGAAGGAGGGCAAGGUUGGCGAGACGGUACAAGGCAUCAUCAAAGCCAACACUUUCGCCCAGCAGGAAGAGGUCAAGGCGUGGGAGUUGGAGUUGCAGAUCUGCGAGCAUACCGCAUUCCUGGAGCAAGAGCCAGCACGGGAGAUCCCAAGUGGUGAUCUGGGACAUUGCAAUCAGUGCGAUCUGAAGGAGAACCUGUGGCUAUGUCUCACGUGUGGCAAUCUGGGGUGCGGUCGGCGGCAGUUUGGCGGAAUCGGUGGCAACAAUCAUGGCCUUGAACAUAAAGAUGCGAAUGGACACUGGGUGGCAGUCAAGCUGGGAUCACUCACUGCUGAAGGCAACGCCGACAUCUACUGCUACAAGUGUGAUGAGGAGAGGAAGGAUCCGAAGCUGGUGGAGCAUCUGCUGAACUGGGGCAUCAACAUUGCCGACCGCGUGAAGACGGAGAAGAGUCUGGGAGAGAUGCAGCUCGAGCACAAUCUCACAUACGAAUUCAACAUGACCGACGCGGAUGGAAAGCAGCUCAAGCCGAUGUUUGGCCCUGAACUCACUGGACUCAAGAACCUGGGCAAUACCUGCUACCUCGCGUCUGUCGUGCAAUCGCUAUUUGCGAUGCCCGAGUUCAAGAAACGCUACCACCGCCCAGACGAGCCACUGCCACCCAUCGACAAGCCUGCAGAAGAUUUGGAAGUUCAACUACGCAAGCUCGCCGAUGGUCUAUUGUCAGGUCGCUACAGCAAGCCAGAUUCAGCUGUUCAGCCAUCUCAGAAUUCCGACGAGAAGCCACAUCAGAGAGGAUUGGCGCCUGCAAUGCUGAAGCAUCUAGUAGGGAGGGGUCAUCCAGAAUUCAGUACCAACCACCAGCAAGACUCUUUCGAACUUCUCCUUCAUCUUCUCAAGCUCAUUUCUCGGUCUCAGCAGAGCGCUCGUGGCCAGUAUCAGGAUGUCACCGAUCCUGUUGAGGCAUUCCGUUUCUGGAUGGAGCAGAGGCUGCAGUGCUUGCAGUGUAAGAAGGUUCGAUAUCGACAGGACGAGAUGGAGAACAUCUCUGUGGCCGUUCCCAUCAAGCGACUUCCGAAAUCAGAAGACACGAAAAUGACUACCAACGGCGACAAGGACGAGAAGGAUGAAGCGCCCCAGUUCGAACCUGUCACUCUCAAGCAGUGCUUGGAUGACUUCACGGCUCCUGAAAUAGUUGACCUGUCCUGCUCGGGCUGUGGUAACAAAGGCUUCACCAAGCAGUCGCUCUUCAAGUCACUCCCAACGGUGCUUGCCGUCAACGCUCGGCGGUUCGAAAUUGUCGGCUGGGUGCCAACGAAGCAAGAUGUUCCAGUCAUCGUCGGUGAUGAAGUCUUCGACAUGGAGGCCUACCGCAGUAAGGGCAAGCAACCUGGCGAAGAAGAAUUGCCAGAAGAUCAAGAAGCUGGAGCUGGUGCCAGCAACAAGUUUGUACCCAAUGAGAUGGCACUCGACAUGCUGAUGAGCAUGGGCUUCCCUCGUGUGCGAUGUGAGAAGGCGCUGAAUGCUACGGGUAACUCGGAUGCUGAGGUUGCAGCUGGGUGGCUGUUCGAGCAUAUGGAAGAUCCGGACAUCGACACGCCGCUCGAUGCUGGCAAUGGAGGUGCUGCAGGUGGUAGUGCUGGUGCCGUCGAUCCAGAGAAGAUCGAGAACCUUGGCAACAUGGGCUUCUCUGCACCUCAAGCACGUCAGGCCCUGAAGGAAACCGGUGGCGACAUGGAGCGUGCUGUCGACUGGCUGUUCAGUCACCCAGAUGCAACUGGCGACUUUGGUGACGACGAGGCUACUGCUACCAAUGGUACCGAUGGCGAUGCUCCAGCCAAGAUCGAGAUCGAGGACACCAAGCCAGCCAAGUUCUCGCUCAGCAGUAUUGUCUGCCACAAAGGUAGCAGCAUCCACGCAGGCCAUUACGUGGCGUUCAUCAAGAAGAAGGAGGGCUGGGUUUUGUUCAACGACGAGAAGGUGGCGUUGGGUGGUGAUGUCGAGGAGAUGAAGAAGUUUGCUUACAUCUAUUUCUUCCGGAGGCAGAGAGUCUAG